UUUCCCUUUUCUCCUCGCUUCCCUCCACUCAGCUCCAUCCUCCUUGACUUGUUGCAUGAGUCACUCUGCUGCACAAUUGCAGUCAUUGAGCCACCCUACAAUCGCUUAACUAUUUACACAAUCACCUCCUCUCUCUUCAUCCCGUCUUCAAUCAAACAUAAUUACAAACAAUGGAACCUACAAUCAUCAAAUCUAGGAAGCCUCAGUACUUGACUGCAGAAUGUGUGGGCUGCAAAACCCCUGUGGAAUUCCCCAUACCAAAAAGCACAGGCGAUGUCACCUACAUUGAAUGUUAUGUCUGUAAACAAGUCCUCAGCAUCGAUAUUCAGUACCCAGAGAAAGGUGCCUCUGCCUCUGCUUCUACAGGCACAAGCUCACCCAAAAGCAGUAGCUCUAACAACAACAAGAAGGAUGGUCCCUCCUCCAAACCAAAGAGAACUGGCACAGGCACCGAUGCCAGUCCCUUAGAAACCGAACUGUAUGAUAUUCUAGGCGUACCAGUCGAUGCCACUCCCGCCCAAAUCAAAAAGAAUUACAGAGCCUUGGCACUCCAGAACCAUCCAGAUAAAAAUCCUGACCCCGAUGCACAUGCCAAGUUUCAAAAGAUCUCGGAGGCAUAUCAGGUCCUCUCAGACCCUAAAUUGCGGUCUGACUACAACAUGUAUGGCCAUAACAAAGACGUGUCGCCAGAAGGAGGCUUCGUAAACCCCGAAGCAUUCUUCAAACAACAAUUUGGAGGAGAUCGCUUUGUUGAUAUUAUUGGAGAAAUUUCGAUCGGACGUGACAUGCGGGAUGCCCUCAAUGACCCUGAGGAUGAAACCACAGCAGGAUUGUCUCCAGAAGAAAAGGCGAAGCGGGAAGCAUCUGCUAACGAAUCCAAGGACAAAGCGAGGGACGAAGCUCGUCAGGCUCGUGUAGAUAAGCUCGUUAAAAAUCUGAUACACAAACUCAGCAUUUUUACAGAUGGUCCUUGUGAUCUCGAAGCUGCCAAGGGAUAUCAGGAAAUGAUCCGUUUGGAGGCCGAGGACUUGAAAGCAGAGAGCUAUGGUGUGGAACUGCUGCAUGCUAUUGGGUUCACCUAUACUUUGAAAGCCAAACAGUAUCUCGGCAAGAACGAAAUGCUAGGUCUUGGCAGCUGGUUCCAUGGCGUACGUGAAAAGGGACAUAUUCUCUCAGAAACUGUCUCCACUCUUCGAGCAGCAAUGGAUCUCCAGCAGAGCUUUACUCAGCUGCAAGAGGCUGAGAAGGAAGCAAUGGACGAGGCCGCUAAAAAGGCUCUUGAAGAGGCAGCAGCAUCUAAGGGACUUCGUGCUCUUUGGAAGGGCUCCAAGCUUGAGGUGGAAGGUGUUCUGCGUGAUGUUUGUGACAAAGUUCUGGGCGACCCCGCUGUCCCCAAGGCGACAUUGUUGGAGCGUGCUCGUGCAUUAAAGAUUAUUGGUGCAGUAUAUGAAGGUGUGAAGCCCGAUAAACCCACGACGCCUUAGAUCCUAAAGUGAAUUAUAUCACUAUGCAUACAAGACAGAAAGACAUUGGCAUUUGAAAAUAGAAUAAAAAGAUGUACAUGCGAUUUAACCU